AUGGAGUCUGGCUUCACCUCCAAGGACACCUAUCUGAGCCAUUUUAAUCCUCGAGAUUACCUAGAAAAAUAUUACAGCUUUGGGUCCACGCAGUCUGCAGAAAACCAGAUUCUUAGGUUUCUUCUGAAAAAUCUCUUCAAUAUAUUCUGUGUGGCCGGUGUGAAAGGAGACCUCCUGAUUGACAUUGGCUCUGGCCCCACCAUCUAUCAGCUUCUCUCUGCUUGCGAAUCCUUCAAGACCAUCAUCGCUACUGACUACACGGACCAGAACCUGCAGGAGCUGGAGAAAUGGCUGAAGAAGGAGCCAGGGGCCUUCGACUGGUCCUCAGUAGUGUCCUACGUGUGCGAGCUCGAAGGGAACAGAGCGAAGGGGCAAGAGAAGGAGGAGAAGCUGAGGCGGGCGGUCAAGCAGGUCCUGAAGUGUGACGUGACCCAGAGCCAGCCCCUGGGUGCCGUGUCCCUGCCCCUGGCGGACUGCGUGCUCAGCACACUGUGCCUGGAUGCCGCCUGCCCAGACCUGCCUGCCUACCGCGCAGCCCUCAGGAACCUCAGCAGCCUGCUGAAGCCCGGGGGCUACCUGGUGAUGGCAGAUGUGCUGAAGAGCAGCUACUACAUGAUCGGUGAGCAGAGGUUCUCCAGCCUCAGCCUGGACCGGGCGGCCGUGGAGGCUGCGGUGAGGGAGGCUGGCUACGCCAUCCAGCAGCUCGAGGUGGUCUCGCAGCGUUAUCCUUCCACCAUGGCCGGCAACGAAGGACUGUUCUUCCUGGUGGGGCAGAAGCCGAGCAGAUCUGCGUGA